AUGAACCUGGUUUUUGCUACUUCCUUGCACCCUGCAAUUGGAAAGAGAACCAUUUUCAAUAUAACUUACCCUUUUACUUAUAAUGCCACCAGAAGGAAUUUCAACACUCGAAGAAACUUUUCAUGCUCAGCAACAGUAGCUACUGACAUCACUCAGGUGGCUGAAUUUGAGAUUGAGAACAAAAAACAUGAUUUGUUGAGAUUGGUCCAAGACACGCAACGAGGGCUUGUUACCACUCCUGAUCAACGCUCUUCUAUUGAGGAGGCUCUAGUGAGCUUGGAAGGACACAACAUGGGUGAGCCAGUUGACCUGGUGCGGCUGGAUGGCACGUGGCGCCUACAAUACACCUCUGCACCUGAUGUCCUCGUUCUCUUUGAAUCUGCUGCAAGGUUUCCUUUCUUUCAGGUCGGGCAGAUCUUCCAGAAAUUUGAAUGUAGAGAUCAGUCUGAUGGAGGUAUCAUUCGCAAUGUUGUCCAAUGGAGUAUCCCAACAUUGUUAGAGGAACAAGAAGGUGCUACUCUCCUUGUUUCCGCAAAAUUUAGUCUUGUUUCUGCACGUAACAUCUAUCUUCAGUUUGAAGAGAUAAGCAUUGAAAAUAUUAGAAUCAGUGAAGAGCUGCAAGCUUUAAUAGCUCCAGCAAUACUACCCCGUUCAUUUCUCAGUCUACAGAUCUUACAGCUCAUCCGUGCUUUCAAAGCUCAAAUUCCUGUAAGAAACCCAGCAGACCCAGGGAGGCGAUCAGUGGGAGGCCUAUAUUACCUCUCCUAUCUGGAUCGCAAUAUGCUUUUGGGGCGUGCUGUAGGAGGUGGUGGAGUUUUUGUCUUUACCAGAGCUCAGCCUCUUGACUUGUGA